AUGCCGCCGUUUGUUCCACGCAAAGAUCAGAAUACACACGAUAAUAUCCCGCUAAAGAAGCCUUCGCAAAUCCUCAAUGCGGCUGAGGAAUUAGUACCGUUGGAUAGACUGGGGACGCGCAAAACAUCGACAGACGCAGAUUCAUCUUUGAGUUCCCUCUCGAGCUCAGAGUCUGACAGGCCAAACCAGAGCAACGAUGAAGAUGACGACGAUGAAGAGACCUGGGAGGAUGCUAUCGUCGCCCCUACCACUGCCGCUCGUGAGAUAAAAGAUCUAGAUAUCACGUUGGAAAAGAACCAUAGUGCACUGACCGAGUCAAUUGGGUCCAAAAAGGGCCCAAGUAAAAUUGAGCGUUUCAUUCGGAUUCAAACCCAUUGCAUGCAUGUCCAGUUUCUUCUGUUUCAUAAUGCGAUCAGAAAUUCCUGGGUGAAUGAUUCCCAUCUCCAUCAAAUUCUACGGGAGCAAUUGCCAGAGGGCAUCAAGAAAGAGGUUCAAAGAUGGAGGGUUGCAGCGGGUCUUGAAACCCGAGAAAAUACCCCAAAUAAAUCGUCUAAGAAGAGGAAGAGAAACCGGGACUGGGGUGAAGGUUCGAGCCAUGCUGGACAACCACAGCCAGAUCUCAGUCAAGGAGAUCCCACGCUUCUUCUACUAAGGAUUCUGGCGGCACAUUGGAAACAAAGAUUCAAAAUAACGUCACCCGGAUUAAGGAAAAAAGGGUACAGGUCCGCAAAAGCUUUGGAGGAAAAAAUUCAAGGUUUCAAUGGUAGCAGCGAAGAUAGGAGUUCAUUCGGCGAAAGAAUCCAGAACCUUGAUGAAUUUCGUGAGCAUGGCCGUCGGUUAGCUGGGUCUCGUGAUGUUGGAGCGCAGUUAUUUACGGCAUUACUGAGAUCAUUGGGCCUCGAAACUAGAAUGGUUGCAAGUCUACAGCCCAUUGGAUUUGGAUGGACAAAAGCCGAGACAUAUUCAAGUACAGAUAAAUCAGCAUCAAGCGAUACGGACGAAGAGAAUACGUCUGAAGCCCCCAAAAAGAAAUCUAAGGCCGGAGCUAAGGCUCGACCGCAGCCAAUUGACCAGGACCUGACGUUUCCUAUUUAUUGGUCUGAAGUGGAAUCCCCAGUGACCCAAGAAGUUAUUCCCGUUGAGUCGCUUGUGUUAUCAAAUUCCGUCGCCAUGACCCCGGAACUCCUUGCUGCAUUUGAGCCCAGGGGUGCUAAAGCAGAGAAAGCCAAACAAGUCAUUGCCUAUGUCGUCGCAUACUCACCUGAUGCAACCGCAAAAGAUGUUACCAUUAGAUAUCUUAGACGAAAAACAUGGCCCGGGAAGACGAAAGGGUUCCGAAUCCCUAUAGAAAAGCCGGUUGAUCUUGGAUUGAGCACAGGUCCCUACGUAUAUGACUGGUUCCGAGAUACGAUGAGAGGAUACAUCCGCCCAAGAGAGAAACGAACACCCGUCGAUGAGAAAGAGGAUUUAACCUUAAUAGCAAAUCAGCCAGAGAGAAAGACAUUGAAAGAAGGUGAUACUCUGCAAAGCUUAAAGGCAUCAAAGGACUUUGUAUUGGAGCGAUUUUUACGCAGAGAGGAAGCACUUCGACCCAGUGCGAAGCAUGUCAGAACAUUUAUUUCAGGAAAGGGCACAAAACAAAAAGAGGAAAAAGUUUACAAGAGAUCAGAUGUCCAAAAGUGUCUGUCUGCAGAGAGUUGGCACAAAGAGGGUCGACGAGUCAAGUUAGGGGAAGCGCCAUUAAAACUCGUUCCUAUCCGAGCCGUCACCCUAAAUAGAAAGCGCGAAGUCGAUGAAAUGGAACGUGAAACUGGAGAAAAGCCCAAACAGGGUCUAUAUGCUCUUCAUCAAACAGAAUACAUAAUACCUGACCCAAUAGAAAAUGGAGAAAUUCCCAAGAAUGAAUAUGGAAACAUCGACUGCUUCACUCCUUGGAUGAUUCCCAAAGGAGCAGUGCAUAUCCCAUGGCCUGCCAUUGUUCGAGUCUGCAAGAAGUUAGGUAUAGAUUAUGCAGAAGCUGUGACUGGGUUCGAGUUUGGUAGCAAGAUGGCGGUCCCGGUGAUUCAAGGGGUGGUAGUGGCUUCUGAAAACGAGGCCGUUGUCAAAGACGCUUGGCGGGUCGAAGAUGCCCAGAAACGUGAAAAGGAACGACUGAAGCAGGAGAAACUGAUUCUCUCAACUUGGAGAAAAUUUAUCAUGGGUCUUCGGAUAUCAGAACGUAUCCAAGAAGAAUACGGUAACACUGAGGAAACAGAGUCGCAUAACCCUUUUGUCAACCAACGAAACAUCCCGAAAUCAACGAACAGAGACGAUCUCGAUGCCCAACAAGCUGGGGGCUUUUUGGUAACUGGAGAGGAUAGGGAUUGCGUAGGCUAUGACGACUUGGUGGCCCAGGCACACAAUCAUGGGAGCAAAGAGCUGCCGGUUGCCUUAGAUAGCGACAGCCUUUCCGAGCUCAGUAAUGUCGAAGGCCCUGAAUCCUCACCGUCUUGA